UAUAAACACAACAACAGAGAGAGAGAAAAAAAAAAUGGCACACAAACCAUCAUCAUUCGCGAGUUAACAAACAUAAAUAAACACGUUUUAUGCCUUUAAAUUGUUAAUUGAAUAAGUUUUAAUCGAUUUUAGGGUUAAAUGUGAUAAAAUGCCCGCGUCCAUAGGGGUGAACCUUCGGGUAACCGGCAAUUGUCGUCAGGGCGGUCGUAAAUAUAUGGAGGACAGUUUUUCUGUCGCUUACCAGCAAACCGAAGACGAAAAGGACCUCGAAUACGCCUUUUUCGGUAUCUACGAUGGACACGGGGGUGUGGAGGCGGCCUCUUUUGCCAAAGAACACCUCAUGGAAACCAUCAUAAAGCACAAAAACUUUUGGAGCGACAAUGACGAGGAGGUGUUGAGGGCCAUAAGGGACGGAUACAUUGCGACCCAUUACGCCAUGUGGAGGGAACAAUCAAAAUGGCCGAAAACCAGCUCGGGUUUGCCCAGUACCGCAGGUACCACCGCCUCGGUGGCCUUCAUUAGACGCGGGAAAAUUUAUAUCGGGCACGUGGGAGAUUCCGGGAUCAUCUUAGGCUACCAGGAACCGGGAACUUCCGAAUGGAAGGCGAAACCUUUAACCAAAGACCACAAACCGGAAACCCCGGAGGAAAUGAGAAGGAUAGAGAGUUCCGGUGGGAAAGUGGUCUCUAAGUCAGGGGUGCCUCGGGUGGUAUGGAACAGACCGAAGAUCGGACAUCAAGGUCCGGUACGUAGGUCGACUCCGAUCGAUGAAAUUCCAUUUUUGGCGGUGGCGCGCAGUCUGGGGGACUUGUGGUCCUACAAUUCGCAAAAUAAUCAAUUCGUCGUGUCGCCGGAUCCCGAUUGUUCGGUGAUGGCGAUCGACACCAACGUGCAUCGAUGUCUCAUAUUCGGUACCGACGGUUUAUUUAACAUGUUGAGCCCCUCAAUGGCCGUCCACAUAGUCCAGCAGGCCGAGAGGCAUAACGAGUGCGAAGCCUUGAGCGACGAUUACAACAAAGUCUGGCUUAACCCCAGUAAACUUUUAGUGGAGAAGGCUUUGGAAAGGUGGCACGCGACCAAAAUGAGGGCGGACAACACGUCGGCGGUCACUUUGAUGUUGGACCCCCCGGGUCCCCCCAGGGCCCAAGUCCUGAAGGACCGUAAAAAAAAUUUACCGGAAAGCGGCCUUAAAAUUGUGACGCGGUGUGACGUCAACACCUCUCAAUCGAAUAAACCGGAAGAAACGUCUGUUGUCCAAGUUGACUCUGUGGUGCCUCAAAAAUUACCGGAAGUCAAUGCCAAACCGGAAGUGACGUUAAAAGAGAAAAGUGCCAUUGAGGAGGAGGCGUUGCCUAAAGAUCAAUGCACCUCCCAUGACUCAAUCACCUCCACCAACGUGAUAAGCAUUGACCCGGUGAGGAAGCAGUGCACCUUAAAGCUGAGAGACAGCGCCUACUUUACCGAAAACAUUGAUGAGGAAGCAAAAAGGGAGAAACCGGUAGACGACGAUAAUACCAUACAAAUCAACGAGAUCUCGAGCAGCAACAUCGAGGCGGACGAGGAAACAAACGACGACGAAAGCUGCAUUAAAAACAAAAAAAACCCGGAAGCGCUUCCGGAAAAGAAACAAGCGCCGACCAAACGGAAAUUCGUCGAACCGGAAGCGCAACAGCAACGGAAAAGCGUCCGGUUGAGUCUCACGCAGAAAUUUUUGGCGGAACCUAAAGGACCCGCCCCCUGCACCCUCGCGGAGGAAAAACUGAAAAAAUUGGCGGAAGAGGCGGAAAAAUCGAGAAAAUCAAGUGUCCAGGUGCAACCUGACGAUGACAAGCAUAAAAACAAAAGAGACCGAAAGUUUUUCGCUCAAAAAAUCCGCCUGAAAACGAAGAAGGCGGCGGCCCUGAAACAAAAGACGAGCAGCGUCAAGGCCCAGUUGACCAAGAGGAAAAAGUUGAAAAACGCCCUCGGGAUGGUGAUGCACGUGGGCAAAGGGGAGGGGGUGGCGGCGGACAGACUGUUACGGAGCCAGGAAAACGGGAGGGGGGAGACGGUAAAGGCCCGAGUUGCAGCUUUAGAGGAAAAUGUGAGUAACGUUAAACGUCAGUCGUUGAGAACCGCUUCGGUGCGGUCAAAGGAACCGCCCGCGGACAAGAAGAAAAAUUCGAGAAGUAGAACGGCGGAAGGAAAAUUGCAGGUACUAAACUCGAACCGAGGAGAAACGAAGAAAACUCCUUACGCGGCCAAUCUGCGAAGUAGCAGGGGGCCGUCGGAUAUAAAAAACGAGGCCAAAGAAAACAUCAAGGGGGCCACGUUUAAAGGUGUCGUCGGUAAGGUCAGUAUAUCGCGAAAAACGGCGAAACGAAGGGCCGUUGCCAAGUUACUACUGCUCCACCAAAAAGUCCCUCAGUCGGACAAAAGUAAGUCGGUUAAAAAGAGGUCCAGGUAAAAACGUUUUUUUUUUGUUUUUUUUUUUUGGGUGGAUCGAUGUGACGUAUUGCAUACAAUUGGGUGCAAUACGUUACAUUUGUCCCCGUACUAUUCUCUCGAUAUUGUACCUACCUGAUGAACAUGUUAUUAUGAAUAUGCGUUAAUGUUUUAUUGUUUAGGGUGUAAUAAUGAUUUUAGUGCGGUUGCUUCCUGAACGUGGAAAUUUUACAUUAAGAAGGCAACCUAAUUAAGUAGUUGGGUUUAUUAUAAUUUCUUUUAGGUUAGACAGUAUUUUAAUCGGUUUUCGUAAUUAUUUUUAACUUUUUUUAUUAGGGUCUUUUCUUGUUUUUUUGCGAAAGAAACAUUUGGUUUUUAUUUAUAUACCAUACGUUGGCAUGUAAAGGGUGUUCCAGGAUAAACGGAUUUUCUCGAAAAGUAUUGGGAAUAUGGAAAAUUUUCUUUUGGCGUUGGGUUCCUUAUUAAAGAUGGAACAAAUUAUGUAGAAUAAUAUUUGGUCGUAAAUUGAAAAAUAAAGAAGUUAUGGGGGAUUUUUGGGUAAAAAUUGAAAAAAUUUUUUUUUUGAAAAAUUGAUUUUUUUUUGGAAAUGGAUAAAGUGCCCAAAAUGCUUUAAAAAAGUCUUAUAAAACUUUUUUGGGAAAUGUACCUGGAAAAAGUUAUGAGCAAAAGAGUCUUCCGGAAAAAAUCUAAAGGGGUACCCAUGGGAAAAUGUUCAUAAUUUCAGUUUUUAUUUUUUUUCUGGAAAACUAUUGGUCGGAGAAAAAAAAUUGUUAGAACAAAAGUUGUUUGGAAUGUCAAGGAGCAUCAGAUGCGAUAGAAAAAUAAUUUUUAUAUCCAACAGUUUUCCGGAAAAUCGGAAAAAACACCAAAACAGUUUUUCCUCAUUUUCUCGAAAACUAUUGGGAAUAUGGAAAAUUUUCUUUUAGCAUUGGAUUCCAAAUAAAAAAUAGAACAAAUUAUAUAGAAUAACAUUUUGUCGAAAAUUGAUAAAUAAAGGAGUUAUUGAAGAUUUUUGGAAAAAUGGAAAAUUUUUGGGUAAAAAUGUGAAAAAAAAAAUUUUUGAAAAAGUUUGAUUUUUUUUUUUGGAAAUCGAUAAAUCGCUUAAAAAACAACAGAAAAGUCCAAUAAAACUUUUUUGAAAAAUGUACCUGGAAAAAGUUAUACCUGAUUUUCCCUUUCUGAAAAAAUCCAAAGGGGGUACCCCUGGAAAAAUGUUCAUAAUUUUGGUUUUUAUUUUUUUUCUGGAAAACUAUAGGUUGGAGGAAAAAAUUGUUUAAAAAAAAGUUGUUUAGAAUGUCAAGGCGCAUCAGAUGCCAUAGAAAAAUAAUUUUUAGUAUCAACAGAUUUCUGGAAAACCGGGAAAAACACCAAAACAGUUUUUCCUCAUUUUCUCGAAAACUACUGGGAAUAUGGAAAAAUUUUUUUUAGCAUUGGAUUCCUAUUCAAAAAUAGAACAAAUCAUGUAGAAUAACAUUUUGUUGUAAAUCUCAAAUUAAAGAAGUUAUGGGAGAUUUUUGAAAAAUUUGAAAAUUUUUUGGUGAAAAAUUUGAAAAAAAAAUUUUUGGAAAAAUUUCAAUUUUUUUUUCGAAAAUCGAUAAAUCGCUUAAAAAACAACAAAAAAGUCUUAUAAAACUUUUUUGAAAAAUGUACCUGAAAAAAGUUAUACCCAAAAAAGUGUUUCUCAAAAUAUCCAAAGGGGUACCCCUGGAAAAAUGUUCAUAAUUUUAGUUUUUAUUUUUUUUCUGGAAAACUAUUGGUUGGAGAGAAAAAUUGUUAAGGCAAAAGUUGUUUGGAAUGUCAAGGCGCAUCAGAUGCGAUAGAAAAAUAAUUUUUAUAUCCGGCAGUUUUCCGGAAAAUUGAGGAAAACUCCAAAACAGUUUUUCCCUAUUUUCUUGAAAACUAUUGGGUAUAUUGAAGAUUUUUUUUUAGUAUUGGAUUCCUUUUCAAAAAUAGAACAAAUAAUAUAGAAUAACAUUUAGCCGUAAAUCAAAAAAUAAAAGAGUUAUGGAGAAUUUUUGAAAAAAUGGAAAAUUUUUGGGUGAAAAAUUUGAAAAAAAAAAUUUUUGGAAAAAUUUAAUUUUUUUUUUGGAUAUCGAUAAAUCGCUCAAAAAACAUGGAAAAAGUUUUAUAAAACUUUUUUGCAAAAUGUACUAGAAAAGAGUUAUAUCCAAAAAAUAAAAAAAAAAUCAAAAUUUGUAAAUUUCUCAAAAACCGUCAAUUUCUCAAAAAAUUUCAUUUUUAUAUGAAAGUGAGAAAAUGAUAUGGAGAUCAUAAGGGUUUUCGAAUCAUGACUCUAUCUUUAAUAGCAAAGAAGUUAUUUACAUUUUUGUGAAGUGUUGACAUCAUAAACAUGCUAAAAAUUCAAAAUUUUCAAAUUACUCAAAACUGUCAAUUUCUCAAAAAAUUUCAUUCUUCUAUAAAAGUGAGAAAAUGAACUGGAGAUCUUAAGAAACUUUGAAUCAUGACUUUAUCUUUAAUAGCAAAGAAGUUAUCCAAAAUUUUGUAAGGUGCAUCGAAAUUUCUCAAAAACUGUGAAUUAGUCAGAAAAUUUUAUUCUUAUAUGGAAUAUAGAAAAUUUUCUUUUAGCACUGGAAUCCCAGUUAAAAAUAGAACAAAUCGUGUAGAAUAACAUUUUGUCGUAAAUCUCGAAUUAAAGAAGUUAUGGGGAAUUUUUGAAAAUUUUUGGGUGAAAAAUUUGAAAAAAAAAAUUUUUGGAAAAAUUUGAAUUUUUUUUUUUGGAAAUCGAUAAAUCGAUGAAAAAACAACAAAAAAGUCUUAUAAAACUUUUUUGAAAAAUGUACCUGAAAAAAGUUAUACCCAAAAAAGUCUUCCUGGAAAAAUCCAAAGGGGUACCCAUGGGAAAAUGUUCCAAAUUUUGGUUUUUAUUUUUUUUCUGGAAAACUAUUGAUCGGAGAAAAAAAUUGUUAGAACAAAAGUUGGUUGGAAUGUCAAGGCGCAUCAGAUGCCAUAAAAAAAUAAUUUUUAUACCCAGCAGUUUUCCGGAAAAUUGAGGAAAACUCCAAAACAGUUUUUCUUAAUUUUCUCGAAAACUAUUGAGAAUAUGGAAAAUUUUCUUAUAGCAUUGGAUUCGUUUUCAAAAAUAGAACAAAUUAUAUAGAAUAAUAUUUUGUCGAAAAUUGAUAAAUAAAGGAGUUAUUGAAGAUUUUUGGAAAAAUGGAAAAUUUUUGGGUGAAAAAUUUGAAAAAAAUUUUUUUGGAAAAAUUUGAAUUUUUUUUUUGGAAAUCGAUAGAUCGUAAUAAAGAAUGGUAUUUUGUCGUAAAUCUCAAAAUAAGGAAGUUAUGGAGGAUUUUUGAAAAAUUGGAAAAUUUUGGGAUAAAAAAUUGUAAAAAAAAAAUUUUUCGAAAAAAUUUUUAUUUUUUUUGGAAAUAGAUAAAUUGCCCAAAGGACUUAAAAAAAGUCUUAUAAAACUUUUUUGGAAAAUGUACCUGGAAAAAGUUAUGAGCAAAUUUCUCCUUCAAAAGAUCCAAAGGGGUACCCCUGGAAAAAUGUUCAUAAUUUCAGUUUUUAUUUUUUUUCUGGAAAAUUAUUGGUCGGAGAAAAAAAUUGUUAAAACAAAAGUUGUUUGGAAUUUCAAUGCGCAUCAGAUGCCAUAGAAAAAUAAUUUUUAUAUCCAGCAGUUUUCCGGAAAAUUGAGGAAAACUCCAAAACAGUUUUUCCUCAUUUUCUCGAAAACUAUUGAGAAUAUGGAAAAUUUUCUUUGAGCAUUGGAUUUCUAUUCAAAAAUAGAACAAAUUAUAUAGAAUAAUAUUUUGUCGAAAAUUGAUAAAUAAAGGAGUUAUUGAAGAUUUUUGGAAAAAUGGAAAAUUUUUGGGUGAAAAAUUUGAAAAAAAUUUUUUUGGAAAAAUUUGAAUUUUUUUUUUGGAAAUCGAUAGAUCGCUUAAAAAACAACAAAAAAGUCUUAUAAAACUUUUUUAAAAAAUGUACCUGGAAAAAGAUAUACCUGAUUUUCCCUUUCUGAAAAAAUCCAAAGGGGUACCCCUGGAAAAAUGUUCAUAAUUUCAGUUUUUAUUUUUUUUCUGGAAAACUAUUGUUUGGAGAAAAAAAUUGUUUAAACAAAAGUUGUUUGGAAUGUCAAUGCGCAUCAGAAGCAAUAAAAAAGUAGUUUUUAUAUCCAACAGUUUUCCGGAAAAUUGAGGAAAACUCCAAAACAGUUUUUCCUCAUUUUCUCAAAAACUAUUGAGCAUAUUGAAAUUUUUCUUGUAUCAUUGGAAUCACAAUCAAAAAUAGAACAAAUCAUAUAGAACAACAUUUACCCGUAAAUCUCAAAAUAAAUGAGUUAUAGAAGAUUUUUUGAAAAAAUGGAAAAUUUUUGGGUAAAAAAAAAAUUUUUAAAAAAUUAAUUUUUUUUUUGUUGGAAAUCGAUUAGUUACUCAAAAACCUUCAAAAAAGCCUAAUAAAGUUUUUUUGAAAAAAGCACCGAAAAAAAGUUACACCCAAUUUUCCCAAAAAAAAAUCUCCCUUCGGAAAUUUUGGUAUUUAAUUUUUUUCCAGGAAAACUAUUGGUCGGAGAAAAAAAUUCUUAUAACAAAACUUGUUCGGAAUCCCAACGCCCAUCCAGCGCAACAAAAAAAUAAUUUUUAUUUCCAAAAGUUUUCCAGAAAAUCGAGAAAAACCUCUAAACAGUUUUCCUUAAUUUUCUCAAAAACUAUUGGAAAUAUCGCAAAUUUUCCUACAUCAUUAGACUCCCCAUCAAAAACAGAACAAAUCAUAAAGAAUAACAUUUAGCCGUAAACCUCAAAAUAAACGAGCUAUCGAAGAUUUUUCGAAAAAUUCACCACCCACUUGGAACACCUUCGUAUGUGUAGCUGCUAUAAAUUUUUUUUUUUCGACAUAUCUAAUAAUGAACAAAUUCGGUAGCGUAAUUGUGCCUUUGUUACUAAACAAAAAUGAUGAUAAGAUGUUUACACAUGAAUUAUUGUAUAAUAACUAUAUUUGUAACAGAUUUAUUUUAUCCAGAAAUAAAGUUUAUAGUUAAAAA